AGAGACGAGAGAGCGUGAGAGCGUGAGAAAAACAGCCACUGGCGUGCAGGUUACCACAGCAUGUCAAGCACCUACCAACUAUGAGCUGCCUCCCACUCCUCAGCUCCCAUUAAAGCAUGUAGAUACACCGGGAUCUACGAGGUCCUGCAAGAGUGUGGAGACGAGACGAAGGCAGUCACAGAGUCAGAUUGUGGUUCAGGCCAUGGAGGAGAGCUAUGAGGUGGAUCUGGUCUACAUCACAGAGAGGAUCAUCUCCCUCUCCUUCCCCGCCAACGCAGAGGAGCGCAGCUACACCUCCAACCUGAAGGAGGUGGCGUCCAUGCUGCGCUCCAAACAUGGCGAGCAUUACCUGAUGCUCAACCUGAGCGAGCGGAGGAAUGACGUCAUCAAAUUAAACCCUAAGGUUCUGGACUUUGGCUGGUCGGACCACCAUGCACCGCCGCUGGAUAAGAUCUGCAGCAUGUGCAAGGCCAUGGACACGUGGCUCAACGGAGAUCCACGCAACGUGGUGGUGCUUCACAACAAGGGGAAUCAAGGUCGAACGGGGGUGGUGGUGGCUGCGUACAUGCACUACAGCAACAUUUCUGCGAGUGCUGACCAGGCGUUGGACAGGUUUGCCAUGAGGCGCUUCUACGAGGACAAAGCACUGCCUGUGGGUCAGCCAUCGCAGAGAAGGUAUGUGCGAUACUUCAACGGCCUGCUGUCUGGACACAUAAAGAUCAACAACAAGCCUCUGUUCCUGCACCAUGUUAUCAUGCACGGCAUACCCAACUUUGAGUCCAAAGGAGGCUGCCGUCCUUUCCUGAAGAUCUACCAGGCCAUGCAGCCAGUCUAUACAUCAGGAAUAUACAAUGUGCAAGGAGACAGCCAUACCAGUAUCUGCAUCACCAUUGAACCAGGCUUGCUGCUGAAGGGAGACAUCCUGUUGAAGUGUUACCACAAGAGAUACAGAAACCCCAGCAGAGACGUUGUGUUCAGAGUGCAGUUCCACACCUGCGCCAUCCACGACCUGGGAGUGGUGUUUGGAAAGAACGAGCUGGACGAGACCUUCAAAGAUGAGAGAUUCCCAGAGUAUGGCAAGGUGGAGUUUGUUUUCUCAUUUGGACCAGAAAAAAUCAAAGGCCUGAGCCACCUGGAGAAUGGUCCGAGUGUGUCUGUGGACUACAACACCCAAGACCCUCUGAUCCGCUGGGACUCCUACGAGAACUUCAACCAGCGCUGUGAGGACGCUACAGAUGAUGUUGUUCACACUCAAGGUCCACUUGAUGGAAGCCUGUAUGCCCGGGUCCGCAAGAAAGACUCCCUGGAGGGAGUGGUCACCAUCAAUGGCCUCCCAGUCCAUGAAAACCCCUUGACCAACGCUGAGCACCCACUGCAGCACCCUAACCACCCUCUACAAACCUCUGAACAGACCCUCCCUGUCACAGGCCACGCCUCCCUCCCAGCUGUCGAUCACACUUUGUCUGUGAGCAGUGACUCUGGGAACUCGACUGCAUCCAUCAAAACUGACCGUACCGAUGAGCACAGCCAGUCACUGCAGGGCGGUGUGAACCACAGCCACCAGACGACAGGCCACCCACCACUUAGCCCACAGGAGAAGAGAGAGCUCGACCAGCUUCUUAGUGGCCUUGAGGCUCCUAUCCACCAGCGGCAAGCCUACCUGGCCACAUCCACCAGCCCAGGAGGAGGCGUCCGCCAUCUAGUCCCAGCACAGGUACAUGUUAACGGGGGCCACACCCGACUCAUUGGCGCCCCUUCGACAGAAGAACGUGAGACAGAUAUUCUUGACGACGAGCUGCCCAAUAGCCAAGAGGGCAACAGUGUAGACAGCUUGGGUACUCUCUCAUCUCUAGAGGGUCAGGCUACACCGGCAGAGCUCUAUUAUCAAUCAGAGACACCCGUCAGACAGAGUGACAGGCCCUACCUUGAGAGAGGUGUCCUAGGACAAAAGUUGAACGAGAUGCCUGUGCAUGGCGUACGAACCCCCACGGCAAUGCAAGAGCGAACAAUGGACUCUGCUUCACCGCAAGGGGGAUACAACAACUACCAGAAUGGAGGAGGGAUGUACCGCUCGCAGUCCUUUGGGAACCAACCAGCCAGCAGUCCUGAGACCAACCCUAAAUUAAUGCCUAGGGCACCUGAGAGGAGCACCAGUAGCCGGGAGGCGGUUCAAAGAGGUCUUAAUGCCUGGCAUCAGUAUAGUCUCCCAGAUGAUCCCUUCGGUCCUCCUCUCCAGUCUACCCACAGCCUACCCCACUUCCCCACCACGGCCUCACAGCGGGACAUUGAGCAGUCCAUCGAGGCUCUCAACAUGCUCAUGCUUGACCUUGACCCAAUUCACUCCCAUAUGUCCAAGUCCCACAGCGCUCCUACUGGGGAGAACAGUAUCAAUUCAUCCCAGGUGCCCUUCUCCCAGACUUUGGCCAGGCCUUCCUAUCAAGCGGACUCUGCCAUCCAUGGCUUCAGCAACUCUGGGUUGGCCAACAAUGCCAAUGCCUACAAUCAGCCACUCCGGUCAGCUGGGAGAGUCUCAACAUCGCCUGCUCAGAGCCCUGUUGUGGAGUCCCCAAUGUUGUAUUCCCCCCAGAGGGCCAAUGCCAACCACCAACCCCAUAACACCACCAGCACCACCCCAACACACACUCCUGAACCCUAUCUCCAAACACGACCAGCCUCUGGCCAAGCCGCCCCUCACUACUUCACUGAUCCCUCCUCUAAUUUCAACCAGCAGGCGCCGCUGAAGCCUCUGAACUCAUAUCAAGGUGGGGCAGUAUCUCACUCCCCGGACUUGCAGGGCUCAUCUCCUUUCCCAGGCUACAGUGCCUCCUCUUCCCCUCUCCCUACGCUAUCCCCCCAGGCUAAGGAUACAUCAUCUUCCCCAGUGCCAAAAGAGCAGGAUGCAGAGGAAGAAAACCUAAACCUGGAAGGCUUAGUGGCUCACCGCAUUGCUGGGAUGCGCUCCAGGGGAAUGACCCCAGAAGUGAGUCAGGAGACGCCCCGGCGCCGGACCACCAGUGAGGGCCACUACCAGAGCAGCAACGAAGACGCGUCAGCCCGUAACAGGUCGGCAGUACAUUCACCGGACUUCACCAACACCCUGGCCCUCAACCCAGGAGGACGGCCCAGAGAGGGUCCCAUGCACAGCUACCGGGAAGCGUUUGAGAAUGAUGAUGUGGACGGGCCUGCUGUUAGUCCCACGUUUGGCAGCGGUGGUGAGAAUUACCCCCAGACCCCCGCCUUCCCCAUCUCGCCACAGACCCCUUACUUCAACAUGUCUCGCUCUCCUUCAGGCUUGUCCAAGACUCCUCUCUCUGCAGCUGGUCUGAAGCCAAAUCAGCCGGGUGGCGCAGAUACCCGUGGCUUUGGUGACUCAAGAGCACAGCCAAUCAACGCUCCUCUCUCCUCCAGCAGCCCCAUCCACAGCCCUGAUGGGAGGAGGAUUGGUUCGUCAGACGGCGCCCAGCACAGCCCUGCUUUCACCUACCCCCACCGACCCUCCUCCCCCGAAGGCUCCCAGGUCAACAUCAUGGGCGUCCACACGGUCCCCGGCAGCCCCAACACCCUCCACCGCACAGUGGCCACCAACACGCCGCCGAGCCCCGCCCUCCAGCGCCGCCUAGCCAGUCAGACCAGCCCCGCACUGGCCAGACAUCCGCCCCCGGUCAAUAGCAACAGGGAUGGCGUCCCAUCGAGCCCUUUGAUCGGCCGAAACCCCAAAACGGCGGGCGCUGCCAUACCUCCCAGCCCUCUGAUGGGGCGCCGCCCAAUGGCAAGCGGGCACAGCACACCCGAUGACCCAGGGCCCCCGUCUCGCCAGGGAAGCGCCCAGCUGUCGUCCACGCCCGCCUUCCCCGUCUCCCCCCAGCUGCCAGAGAAGAGACAUGUGCCCGGCGCUGACCCAGAGAGACCCAACGGCACGAUGGACAACAAGAACACGACGCCAACCCCAGCCAGCGGUGGCAGCACCCCAAACAUGACGGCCCAAGACCUGUCCAAGUUCACCAUAUAUGAUGGCUAUCCAGACAUUAAGAUGAAUGUCAAGUUUGUCCAGGACACGUCCAAGUACUGGUACAAGCCAGACAUCUCCAGAGAGCAAGCCAUCAACCUGUUGAAGGACAGGGAGCCCGGGGCCUUCGUCAUAAGGGACAGCCACUCCUUCCGCGGGGCGUACGGUCUGGCCAUGAAGGUGGCCUGCCCUCCGCCCACCGUCCAACAAAACAAGAAAGUUGGUGACAUCACUAACGAGCUAGUGAGGCACUUCCUGAUUGAGACGAGUCCCAAAGGUGUUCGCCUGAAGGGCUGCCCCAACGAACCCUACUUUGGCUGUCUGUCUGCACUGGUGUACCAACACUCCAUGACUCCUCUGGCUCUGCCCUGUAAACUGAUGAUCCCCACCAAAGACCCAAAUGAGGAAGCCCUGGAAUUGGCCACGCCCACUGAUCCGGUUGUUGAACUUCUGAAACAAGGAGCAGCAGUAGCUCAGAAGGCCCCAGAGGAAGCCCAUGCAUGCAACGUUCUGUACAUCAACUCUGUCGACAUGGAGUCUCUGACGGGGCCGCAGGCCAUCGUCAAGGCCAUCAGCCAGACGUUGUCGACCAACCCUCUGCCUGAUGCAACCACCGUCCACUUCAAAGUGUCCACACAGGGCAUUACCCUCACGGACAGCCAGAGGAAGAUUUUCUUCAGGCGGCAUUAUCCCAUCAACACAGUAACCUACUGUGAUAUCGAUCCCCAGGACAGAAAAUGGGGCAAAGAAGGAGGUGGCUCAGUCAAGCUUUUUGGAUUUGUUGCAAGGAAACAAGGAAGCACAACAGACAAUGUCAGCCACCUGUUUGCAGAGCUGGACCCAGACCAGCCCGCCUCAGCCAUCGUCAGCUUCAUCUCCAAAAUGAUGAAGCGAUGAAACCCCCGACGUCUAAAAAAUGGCAGUGGCCAUUUUGAUAUCUUCCCUCUCUUCAUCGGUGUCUUUUUCGCCGGGACUCGAUGAUGUCCUUUCUUUUCGUUUUCUGUUUCCUGUCGGUUGUAGUUUGUUUCUGUUUCCCCCUCUCUUUUUUCACUCUGCAUUGCUGGUUUGUCUUGACUUUGGUCUUUUUCGAAGAAGUCUCUGUUUGAAAGGUUUGGUGUUGAUCCAGAGUGGCGCCAGAGGAUGUGUGUUGUGGAGCUGUGAACGUGACAAACUUGGAGGCUGUUGAAGGGAGAAAAGUAUUCGCAGGGUGACCUGUACAAAAGGAAUUAAGCUAAGUUCAGUGGGGGAACAAGUAAGGACUCAUAAACUGUAUGUUUCAGGGUUGUUGUUUUUUUUUUUUUUUUUUUCUUUUUUGGAUUGAUUUACCAAAGGUAGUUGCAAAACAAGUUCAAGCAAAAGGUAGUCUGUUAAGCCAUUAUUUUUUCUCUUUUCAAAAGAUGAAGUGUUGAACAAAAAAAAAGAAAAGAAAAAUACGGUUUCUUCUUGAAUUUGUGUCUUCAGGAAAAAAAAAAAAAAAACGUUAGCCUUGAUGGCUUUUAGCAAAACAGUGUCUGAAGACCUUAUGCAUGUUAGCUUGAUCUUUAAGCUUGGUUCUUCUACCUUCCACAAAAGUCAUUUGUGAAACCCUUAAGAGUGGUCAUUUUCGGGCCUGUUGUGUGUUGGAAAGGGCUCUGCAGUGAAACAACGACUGAUCUAAACUCCGCAUAGCAGACCAGACUCAUCAGACGCCACACUAAGGUCACCGCACUGCAGUCGGUGCAGCCACACUUUCAUCACCAAGCCUGAUCGCUCACUCCCAAAACUCACUAACUGUUUCUGGAGCAAAGGUGGAUUACUCUUGCCUGCGGUGGCCGGCAAUCUGAGGGCUUCUGAUUUAUGCUUUUGUCAUGGCAGACAGAGAGAGAGAGAGAGAGAGAGAGAGAGCGAGAGAGGGACUUCCUGUCCACAAGAUGGCGCCAUUCAGUCAGGCUUGGACUCCUCCCUCUCAGCAUCACAUAGACUUGCCCAUCACCAACUGCUUGCAGUAGUGGAUCUGUUCAUAGACGCUGCCACUGAAACACACUGGAAACCGCCAGGGACUGGCCCCAUGACCUGGACCUAUGCACUGUUCUGCAUGUUGUAGUCCCAAAAUGCACCCGUCCCUCAUAGCUACAUUCAACAUCACCGAGAAACAUCCUAUGCUGUGUGCUAAAAUGACUUAAAACCUUUAGACAAGUACACCGAGGUUGUAUGACUUGUCAAAGACUGCAUGAAAAUAGACAACAUUUUUUUGUACUCUUCUCAGAGUCCUAAAAAGAAGUAGACAACCCAUUGUUGAAGUAGUCACAUGGUGGUGAGAUGCAAUAUUUUUACUGUUUUUGUUGUCCAUUUGAGCCAGGGUUACCUUUCACUGUAUCAAGGACAGUCUAGUCUUUGUUUUUGGUUCCACAGUGAAUUCACCAUGUCGUCAAAUUUACAUUUAGAUACCUUUAGGGCAAAUGAAAACACAAGAGAAAAAAAGGAGUUUCCACACUGUGCGCAAAUGCCUGCUUGUUGAACACAUGCUCAACCAUUCACAAUAAGCUAAGGAAAUUGAAAUUGAUAUAAAUGUACAUAGAUAUACUACUUUGAAAGGUGACAUAGCGAAAAAGUAUUUAUUUUUGUUGCUUUGGUCCCUCAUGAUUACUCAUAUAUACAUAUAUUGUACAGUCUAGAUAAAGAAGAUUACCUAAUGGGUUGAAAAAAAAUAUAUACUUAUUUUGGCUAAUGAUUUCAAAGUCUGACGAUUUUGAAAUGUGUUUGAAUAUAUGGUGUACAUUACUUUGUACAUGUAUAUGUUUGUUUUGGCUCGUCAUGUUUAUCAUUUUGCGUUCUCUGAGGAAGAGGUAGGGCAUGAGUGAGACAGACGCCGCGAGUUUGUACAGGACAAAAUGCAUGGACAGAUGCAUCCGAGCAGGUUUCAACAAGGCAAAAAGAAAAAAAAAAAUAUCUCUCUUAGAAACGUAUUCAUGGUUGUCGAUAGUUCUGUAAGUCAACCGAACACACACAAAAGGUUCGGAAGCUGGCCUCAAAUGCAAUAUGAAAACAGCCGUAUGCACCCAUAACAGUUACUAUUAUGAUUUGCCAAAGAUUCAAACACUAUGCCGACUAAGCUGCAUGUUGCUUUUUAUGUUCAGAGGAAACAUUCAUACUGAGCGAGACAACAGCUACUCAUUUACCGUUACCGUCGUUGUGCUUCACACUUGGUUUAUCGUUUAAACCGCACACCUCUUUCAGCUCAAGCAACUUGUGUGAGUCUAAGUUAGGUGAGGACACAAGAGGUGUUUUUUUUUUUUUUUUUUUUUUUUGUUAGGUCAGAUGUGGAACACAAGGGCCCCAGCACAAUACACAUGUAAAUUCAGCUGUGGAUGACUUUUAUUGUUUUUGUACUGUUUUACCAGUGUCCUAAUGAUGCUCUUAUUGUGAAAUGCCACCAGGUUUGCAAGUCAUAAACCUGUUUUUACAAGUUAAAACUCCCACUUGGAAUACAUCUGCAAUGACAUUUUUACUGGUAGAAAUUAUAAUUCAGGACAUCUCCAAUGUAGUUUUUACUAGCCACAUUACUGGGUCUACAUCCAUACAUCAGUUUUGACUCGUCAUCAUGCGAGGGGGGCGUACUGUAUCCAUAAUGUCAUUUUGACUAAUCAUAUGUUCCCAAUGACUUGCAUGGAAUCUCAUUUUCUCUUAUUUCCAAGUUAGUUUUUACUAGUCAGCAUUUAAAUUAAAGAUCUUGCAGCUAAAUUUUUUACCAGUAGAGGAAUUUGACUUAUAACUUUUACACCUGGUAGAGCACGUACUACAAAUCAAGGCAGCUGUCGGUAUUAAAAAUCCAAUCAAAGAUAACUCCACAGUUGCAUUUUACAAGUAGAAUAUUUGGCUUUUUGCUUGUCAAAAACUGAAUUGCAAGUUAAAGAAAAUUAGAUUGCAUGUAAGUCAAUGGUACACUGUGGACAUGUUGCCCAGGGUGUAGACCCUGUGAUACAACUGGUAAAAAAAAAAAAAAAAAAAAAAAAACUGCACGUAGACAUCUGGAAUCAGAAUUUCUACUCGUAAAACGUCACGGCAGAUAUAAUCAGCUGGAGUUUUUGCUAGUAAGAGCGGUUAUAGCUCGUAAAGCCGGUGGCGCUCUCGGCUAAAACGGCUCGCCGUGCGCUCCAACGCUGCGUCCAUCUCCAUAACCUGCAGCUCCAGUGCUGUGCCCCAGCUGGAAGAGUGUAAACAAAGCACUUAUAGUCACAAUACCAAAAGAGGAGUGACAUAAAUUUCAUAUGGGUGUCAGUGUUCAAGGCAAAUAAAGCAGACUUGUCUCACCAUUACGCUAAAGCUCCACGGCUUCAGCUUUGUCGAGCAAAAAUCUCAGACUGCCAAAGGUGUCUUCUCUGGCCACCUCGAAAGUCACUUUUGUUUGUUUGUUUGUUUGUUUUUCAUCGAUUUUAUUUAUUCUUAUUAUUUAUUCUUUUCUGACAUGUUCUUAAAAUCCUCUGUUUUAUUGCUGCAUUAUCACAUUAUCACAGUUGUCAGUGUUAACAAAUGGAGGCAUGUGUGGUAACGCUUUGUUGAAAGCAAAGAGGUGCAGGGAGUUAUAGCGGCAUCAGAAAUGAUUCGACACAAGCUCUUCUUAGCUUUACACCGUUGUUUUGUCACCGGGGAGAAAAUGCAACAUUAAGUAAAGUGGUCGCACGCUGCACCUGUUGGCUUUGAGCAAAGAGUUACCGAGUUUUAGUGAAAAAGAGGUGAUUUCUGUGACCCUGAUGUACAGAUGGGACUUGUUGUAUGAAUGUGCUACUAUGGAUGUGCAAAAGGGUCUCAGGUUUGUUUGCGCUUAUCAUUUACAUUAUAUUGCCAUGGCUUACCUGUUCCUAAGGAGAAAAAAAAACAUUAAAGCAAUACAAAUCAGUUACAGUAA